GGUACAGGACAGAGCACGGGUCAGUCUUCCAUUGCCAAGAGACAGCAACUUUUGAACCAGAGAAGGAAAAAUGAAGACCUUAGCCAUCCUCGUCCUCUGCGGCCUGGCCUACGUCUGCAUCUCUGCAAGCACCGGGGCUUCUGACUCUACUGCCAAUGCUGAGGCUCCCAACGAUGAAGGUGUGUUUGUGAAGCAGGACGAGGCUGCAACUGUUGUGAGACAGAAACGCGCUACUGACCCUGCCAGCCUGUCCCUGGCUCAGCUUGAGGCUCUGAGGGAGGUGUGCGAGGCUAACUAUCAUUGCGAGAACAUGAUGGACACCUCUGGAAUCAUCGCUGCCUACACCGCAUACUACGGAGCAAUCCCUUACUAAAUCAGACUCCCUGUCAAUCAAUAAAUCAAUCAUUCAGUCAAUCAACCAAUCAAUUAAUCAAUCAGUCAUCUUCCAGUCGGCCUAUCCAGCACAUGGCCGACUGCGUCAAAUGUUGAUAAGAUCCAGAAUUGAAGAUAAAACGCUAAGAGCCCAGGGAGGGGUGUGGGAGGUGGGAGGGCAGGUUAAAUAAAUAAAGUAAUAAAAUGCAAGGCAUUUGUGUAAUUGAUCAUUAUAAAUAAAGUGGAAUUAUGUAUGCUUAAAUGUCUAAAUGAAUCAGGUAUUAUUUAGUAUGUAGAGAUUAAAAGGGGGGAGUAGACACUAGUUUAGCACCAAUAAAAAGUCAAAAUACA